AUGGGCCAGAAACGGCAGCGGGACCAGAAGGGUCCGGGAUUCUUUGCGAAAAAGAGAAAGAAGAGCGCAAAGCCAAGCAAUGCCGCCGGGGAGGAUAGCGACUGGGAUGGUAUCGUCGCAGUGGACGAUCUCAACUGGAAGGAAGUAGCUCUUCCGGAUCGUCUGGACGACGCGGAAGGCUUCUUUGGAUUGGAGGAAAUUGACGGCGUCGAUAUCAUACGAUCUGAAGGCAAUGGGGAAGUCAGAUUUAAGGCAAAAGCUGGGAAACCGAAGAAGUCAAUACUGAAGGAGAAAGGGCUGGAGGAAGAAGAGGCCCAGUUCGAUGAUGAAUGGGAAGGAAUCGGCGACGACGAUCAGACUGCGCCCCAAGACCAAGCGGAGGAGACCAAACACGAGCCCGACGAGUCCGAUAAGAAGGCGAAGGUAAAAGAGACCAAAAACACAAAGAAGGAAAAGAAGGAGGCAAAGAAUGUGAAAAGAGAACCGAAGGAAAAGGCUGCUGUAACCAAUGAGGACAAGAUCAAACCUGGACUCUCGUUUGCCACGCUCCAGGACAAGGAAGACGACGAUGGUGCGGACAUAUCUGCUUGGGAGCCCCUUGGCCUCUCCCCUGAAAUUCUCACCGGCCUUUCAAAGAUGAAAUUCUCAAUGCCAACGUCUGUUCAAAAGACCUGCAUUCCUCCCAUCCUGGAUGGUCAUGAUGUCAUCGGAAAAGCUUCGACAGGAUCUGGAAAAACGCUAGCUUUCGGCAUUCCCAUUUUGGAACACUACUUAGAAAAGCUACGGAGCAAAUCUCAGACAGACUCAGAAAAGAAGGAGUCCAUGCCGAUUGCGCUUAUAUUAUCGCCCACUAGAGAACUGGCACAUCAGCUCGCGAAACAUAUUGGCGAAGUAAUCAGCCAUUCCCCGGGCGUCAAUGCUAGAACUGCGCUUUUGACCGGUGGCUUGUCAGUACAAAAACAACAGAGAGUGCUAGCUAGUGCUGAUAUCGUGGUCGGUACACCUGGUCGAGUGUGGGAGGUUCUCAGCUCUGGACAGGGCUUGAUUCGCAAGAUGCAAGCGAUCAAAUUCCUUGUCAUUGAUGAGGCUGAUAGGCUUCUGAGUGAAGGGCAUUUCAAGGAAGCCCACGAGAUUUUGGCAGCUCUUGACCGCGUUGAGGACGGAGACUUCCCAGAUGAUUCAGGCGACGAAUCUGACGAGGAAACAGAUCCUAAGUCUCAGAGACAGACCCUGGUUUUCUCGGCUACUUUCCACCGUGAUCUUCAGCAAAAGCUGGCGGGUAAAGGAAAGUGGACUGGGGGUAAUAUCAUGAGCCAAAAAGAGUCGAUGGAGUAUCUUCUUCAGAAGCUCAAUUUCCGCGAGGAGAAGCCCAAAUUCAUUGAUGUGAAUCCAGUCUCACAGAUGGCAGAAAAUCUCAAGGAGGGUAUCGUGGAGUGCGCUGCCAUGGAAAAGGAUCUUUUUCUCUACACACUUCUUCUCUAUCAUCCUAAGCACCGCACCUUAGUUUUCACGAAUUCCAUCUCCGCCGUUCGACGACUAACUCAGCUUUUGCAAACCCUUCAACUCCCCGCGCUAGCCCUUCACUCAUCUAUGGCCCAAAAGGCACGACUUCGUUCAGUAGAGCGGUUUUCCUCCCCAACCUCAGACCCUAGCUCCAUCCUCGUCGCAACCGACGUUGCUGCUCGUGGUCUCGACAUCAAGGGCAUCGACUUUGUUGUCCAUUACCACGCUCCCCGCACUGCGGACGCAUAUGUCCACCGGUCCGGUCGUACAGCACGUGCGGGAGCGUCCGGAAAGAGUGUUAUCAUCUGCUCUCCUGACGAAAUGAUUGGUGUGGUCCGCCUCGCCGCGAAGGUGCAUGCGAACAUGGCCAACAGAAAGAAGGUCCCCCUCGAGUCAUUAGAGCUAGACCGCCGAGUCGUAUCUCGUGUCAAACAGCGAGUGACUCUAGCGGCUCGAAUUGUUGAUUCCAAUAUCGCCAAAGAGAAGAUCUCCGCCGAGGACAACUGGCUCCGCACGGCUGCAGAAGACCUUGGCGUCGAUUAUGACAGCGAGGAGUUCGGCGAUGCCUCAGGUCGCAGCCGCGGACGCGGACGCGGACGACAGGAGCGUGAACGGAAGGCAGGAAAUACCUCAAAGGCUGAGUUGGCGGGACUGCGCGCCGAACUCAAGCAACUGCUCUCGCAGAGGGUCAAUGUGGGUGUGAGUGAGCGUUAUCUGACCUCGGGGCGAGUUGAUAUCGAGGCAUUACUACGUGGGGAGGGUAACAACUCCUUCCUAGGACAGGUGGAUGCGUUGGAGUUUUAA